CACAAACUGAGCUCUCACACUCUUUUCUUAUUCACUAAGGAAGUUGACUCGUGUCAGGUCGAGCGGAGCAGCGCGGGACGCAAAGGUGAAACUGUGACAGGGCGUGUCCGACCUUCAUAAACUGCAUCCUGUUGGAAGAAAAAUGAGCACCACAGAGGCAAACGGCGAGUACAACACACAGAUUUCCAAGAAGGCCAAAAUGGGCAGAGACAAUUCUACCCUGCACCACGGCAUCCCUCCAGAGACGCUCAGUAAGGUGCAGGGCUACCUGGAUCAAUUCCAUCUGUCUAUGGAGAAGCUGCAGGAGGUUUCCGCUCGCCUGAGGAAAGAUCUGAUUCGAGGGUUGGGGAAACACACUCACCACAGGGCGGCUGUCAAGAUGCUGCCCACCUUUGUCAGAGCCAUUCCAGAUGGGACAGAGAAAGGCGACUUCCUGGCGCUGGAUCUCGGUGGAACAAACUUCCGGGUGCUUCACGUCCGUGUGAUGGAGGAGGAGCAGAAAGUGCUGAAGAUGGACAGUCAGAUCUGUGCCAUCCCGAAGGAAAUGAUGAUGGGAACUGGAGAACAGCUGUUCGACCACAUCGCCGCCUGUCUUGGUGAUUUUCUCGUCUCUCAGAAUCUGAAGGGACUAACUCUUCCUCUGGGCUUCACCUUCUCCUUCCCCUGCGAACAGAAAGAAAUUGACAAGAGCAUCCUGAUCCGCUGGACUAAAGGCUUCAACUGCUCCGGAGUGGAGGGCGAAGACGUGGUGAAGUUACUGAAAGACGCCAUCCACAGGAGAGGGGACUAUGAUAUAGGCUCAGUUGCCAUGGUGAACGACACAGUGGGCACAAUGAUGAGCUGCGGCUACAGAGACCAGAACUGUGAGAUCGGCAUGAUCAUCGGUACGGGAACCAAUGCCUGCUACAUGGAGGAGAUGAAGAACGUGAAGCGUGCUGAGGGCGAGGAUGGGAGGAUGUGCAUCAACACAGAGUGGGGUGGCUUCGGGGACGAUGGCUCCCUGAAAGACAUCCUGACAGAGUUUGACCUGGUGGUGGACGAGACAUCCAUCAACCCCGGCGUCCACACCUUUGAGAAGAUGAUCAGCGGCAUGUAUAUGGGAGAAAUCAUUCGGCUGCUGCUGGUGAGGCUGACGGAGGAGAAGGUGCUGUUUAAGGGACAGACGUCGGAGGCGCUGCUGACUCCUGAAGCAUUUGAGACAAAGUUCAUGUCUGAGAUUGAGGACCAGGACAGCGGUCUGGAAAACACCCAGAAUAUUCUGACCAAGAUGGGUUUGAAAUUUGAUUCCGUCGACUCCCGUGUGGUACGUCUGAUCUGCGACACCAUCUCCACGCGCUCCGCUGCACUCUGCGCCGCUGCCCUGGCAACCCUUGCCACCCGUAUCCGUGUCAACCGCGGGUUGGACCACCUGAAGACCACCGUGGGAGUGGAUGGGACGGUCUACAGAAAACAUCCCACUUUCAGUGAUAAGCUCCAGGCGACGGUGCGCCUCCUCGCCCCCGAGUGUGACAUCACCUUCCUCGUCUCGGAGGAUGGCAGUGGGAAGGGCGCUGCCAUGGUAACAGCUGUGGCGCAGCGGCUGGCUCUCCAGUCCCGACUAUUAGAGGACAGUGAUGGUGACGAUGAAGAGGAUGAGGAGGAAGACUAAUGAAGAGUAGAGAGGAUGCAGAUGAAGCAAGACUUUUUCUGUUUUUAAAGUCUGCAGUUUUCUCAUCCAGCCAAAUUUUUUUAAUAUAAUAAGAAUAUAUAUUUCAGUUUUUCUGCUAUGCAACUCAGCAGUAAGUCAAACUUCACUGACCUUUUUCAUUUUCUUUUACCAACUCUGUCAUAUUUUUGAAUCAUUAAAGGUUCCCUGUGGAGUUUAGACCUGUUGUAGCGCCACAGAGCUGUUUUUCCUUGAGUGCCAUUAAAGGCAGAGAAGAAGAAAACUGAAGCCCUGAAACAUGCAUUCAGACAAUGCAGGAUUUAAAAUACCUGGAAAUGUUUUAUGAGGACAGAAAUACGUUCAAUAUGUUUGUUAGACCCAAGCAGCAAACUCUGGGGCUGGAAGAUGAAGUUAACACAGAAGUGCCAAAAACUGCAGUUAUGUGAAUGGCCACUUGAGGCUGGCUCUAAAAACGCGUCACCAGGUUCUUCACGUACGGCAAAGAGCCUGGUUUCCAUUCACUCUGAAUUUUGUCUGGAUUCUGGUUCUGGUCUAGAAAGCGGAUCCGGAAUUCACCAUAUUCACCAAAGUAAAACUUUAAAUUCUGGCGCACCAUCGAUUU